AAGGGAGAGGGACUGCGGGCUCCUCGGAGACCGCCUUUAUCUCCUCCCCUCUCCCCAUCUCCCGAGGGAAGAGCCUCAGCGUCUGCCCGCCCCCAAUCCUAGGGCGGAGGCCUCGCAUAGGACCCAGGCUCCGCACUCGGUGCGCGUUCAGUGGAGGGUCUCGUCUCCCCCACAGCCCGCGGUUCGGCGUCAGCCCCUGUAGCGGCCACUCCGUCCCACGGUUCCCACCGAGGCCCGCGGAGGGUUUGGCCCCACAAAGAUGAACUGGAUGGCAGCGACAUGCUGGGCUCUGCUACUGGCUGCCGCCUUCCUCUGCGACAGCGGCGAGGCCAAGGGUGGUCGUGGAGGGUCUCGGGGCAGCGCCAGGGGAGGGACGCGUGGGGGCUUGCGCGGGGCCUCCAGGGUGCGUGUGAGGCCAGCGUCCCACUACACCGGCUCCUCCCUGCGCGUGGCAGCUGCGGGGGCGGCAGCUGGGGCAGUGGCAGGGGCCGCUGCGGGCCUGGCGACAGGCUCGGGCUGGAGGAGGGUCCUGGGGCCCUGGGAGCGCGGCCUGGAGGACGAGGACAUGGCACCAGGUGGCAACGGGACGGGCCCAGGGGUCUACAGCUACUGGGCAUGGACUUCGGAUGCAGGGCCCACGUGUGGCCCGUGCCUCUGCCUGCUGCUGGGCGGCGCCCUGGGCGCCCUGGGGCUGCUGCAGCACUAGGUCUCCAACCUGCGCGCUCCGGGCAGGCCAGUGCCCACGUCCCCACUGUGGAGGGGCUGCCUGGGCCAUCUGCGCAAGAGCUGCGGCCUCUCUUCCCCAUGGCCCAGGCACCUCCUGUCCACCGUCCUGCUCAAACCCUUCCGAGCCCCCCCCACGCCGACCCUGGGUGGGGGGGCAGCACCCAUCAGCUCCAGGAUGCCCCACCCACCACAGAGGUCAGGGUCCUCACCCUCUGCCCACCAUCUCUCGCCAGAGCUGCCAAAGACAGGUGCCAAGACCAGGUUGCUCAGGCCACUCCAUCUCCCCUGACCCACCUGGGACACCCGAAGGGUGUAGAGUGCUGACCAGCAGGCACAGAAGCUGCCAGAAGGGACCAAAGGAGUUGAGGACUUGGGGGGAAGGCAAGGUCUUACUCCCAGGGUGAAGCACGAGAAUGCCGGGUGCUGAGCCCUAGUCCAGAAGCGGGCGCUGUGGGUUUCAGAGCCCAGCACGCCCACCAUGGUUCUCUGGAUGGUCCCCAGGAGAGCACCCUGCCCUCGGGCCCAUGGCCAUGUCCCCUCUGUGACCCACUGCCAGGGGCUCUGACUUGAAACAAGUCACUUAACUCUCCUUGGGACCUAUUUUGAAAUACCAUUCUGUUUAGACUUUCCAUUUCCUCUGAACUCAGGUUCACACUCUGGAACCAGAGCCCUCGCCUGUACUUGGGUGGCAAAUGCCGCUGCCACUGCUGAGCCCUCCCUGACUCAGCAGGCAGCACCCCCUCGGGAGGUGGGGGUGUGUGCAAAUGGAGGAGGCUGGGAGCCAAAGUCAGACCCCGGACCCACUGGGCCAUAAGCAGGGCCUGGAGGAAAGCUGGGGUGGACCCUGGCACCCAACACCCCUACGCAGGAGGCCGGCCCAUCUCCCUCAAGCCGCCCACCCGUCUGUGAGCUCAGCCCCAGGGAGCCCGGGUUCUUCCCGGUCCUCCAGCUCCAACAACCCCUUAUCCUGGGCAGGACAGCUUUUGGGCUUGGCUUCUUGGGACCUCACCUCCUUGGUGCUCGGCGGGAGCCUCCCAGAGCCUGUGGGACUGUCUCCCAGAAUGGGCCCCUGCCUCCUGGACCACGGAGCCUUGGGACUCAGCUGCCAGACAGCAGCACUGAGACCAGCCCUGCCUGGGAGCCCUGCCGCCUCUGCGUCCCUGUGUGGAGCUGGUUAGGGGUCUCCAGGCCGUCGGCAGAACCAUGGACCAAGCAUUUUUCUCCAAAGACCGGCCGGCGCACUGAGCUGUAUGAUGGAGCUCCCGGCGGCCUCCCAUGUCCACAAUGCCAGCAUUCUCGGGGCACAGUGAGUCCAGCUCCUCCGUCCAUUCCAGACCAAGCUGGAUGCUACCUGACCAGUACGCCAUGGCCCAGCCCUGCCUGAGGUCUGGGUGGCAGGGUGACUGUCCUGCUGCAGCAGACAGGGAACUCUGAAAGUCUUGCACAGGGAGACCCUCCGGGCACCUCCCCGGGCAAGCGGCUCUCCCCAAGGCCGGAGAGCGUGGGCCCCCCGGGCGCCAGACUACGGCCCGCCAGACCCUCAUAGGCUGCACGACAGGGAGCCGUCGGCCAUUGUGGAGACGAUGGGACAUCUCUCAGAGCUCACUGCACCCCGACUCCAGGAGCGCCUGGCGUGGGGUGCAGCCCGACUAAGUCCUUCCCACCCCUGUGCUUGGGGUUCCAGCCAGAGACAGAGGUGCUCAGGGUGGGUCCUCAGGAGAGGGCACUGUGUGCAGGCUGUGGGAAGCUGCACGAUUGGGGGAUCUAAAGAGGUCCCUACAGGAAGGAGAGGUCCCAUCGGAGACUGGGGCAGCUGCAGAAAGGCCAUGCCAUGCACCCGAAAGAACAGCAGAGCUACUGCCAGGGGAAGCUGGUCCCCCUUCUCCAGACACAGGCUGCAGGGCAAGCUUGCCCAGACCCCUCAGGUGCCAUCACAACAGUGCCAGGAGGUGCCUCUGGGAACAGUCCCACUGUCCCACUGGCUAGGUGCUCAGGGUGGUGGGAGCCUGGGUCUCCGCUGACCACACCCAAGACCCUCCCGGCAGGCACGCAGCUGGCCUGUGAGCUGGGUGGCCCCUAGGGUUCCAGGGGACAGGCCAGUCCUGGGUUCUGCCACGGGUUCUGGAACCUCCUGUUCACGUCUGUGUGCAUGUUUAGCAGCAUCAUGAAAUAAACCCUCUGCUGACAACGGCUCUUCCUCACUGUGGGCCCAGGGCACUGUCACGAUCUAACUCCAGA